AUGUCACGACCAGCUGUGGCCGACAAUCUACCGCCCACAGCCAGAGCCAUCGCACUGCUCCUGGCCUCUACCCCGACGGUCCAGGACGCGCAGCCAGGAGUCCUUCACCAGUUACUAGAGUUCUCUCAUCGUUACACGACUCAAGUCCUCUCGGACGCCCUUGUCUACUCAGAACAUGCAGGGAGGUCGGGGAAAGUCGAGAUGGAGGACGUCAUGCUCGCCGUGCAGGCACGCGUCGGCUGGGAGUUUGGCGGACGGGUGCCAAAAGAGUACGUCCUCUCCUUGGCGACUCAAACUAAUUCUAUUCCACUACCGCCUGUUCCUGAAGUAUUCGGUGUCCGGCUUCCACCUGCAUCAGACUGUCUUACGGCGGUCGACUUCGACCUCAUACCUAACAAGCCUCCCCCCGGCGUGAAACUGUAUGACGAGGAGAUCGAGGAGAUCGAAGAGUCUGACGAGGAGGACGACGAAGACAUGGAGCCUGCCGCUAUACCUGCCCCUACGCAAAGCCGAGAUCAAACAAUGAACGACGCCACCGUUCCUCUGCCACCGAUUGCGGGCCCUCUACGUACACCAUCCGACGUAGACAUGACGACACCGGGUGUGGCUGUUCCGGAGGAAGGCAGCGACGCCGAGGACGAAGACGGGCUGUUUGCCGGAGGAGACGAGGAAGAGGAAGAAAGCGGAGACGAGCCCAUGGAAGAAAUUGCACCUUCAGAGGCAGUGGCAGCAGCGAAUGGCGUGAAGCGCAAACUCGUGGAAGAAGACGACUACGACUAA